AUGCUCCAUAACACUGCUCCUGUGGGUUCUGCCAGCACCCCCCAGUAUAUUUGGAGGAGCACCAAGUCAUCAUGUCUGUCUCACCAUUCCCAAUUAGGCACUGCCGUGUUUACCAAGCCUGCCAGUUCACCUACCCUGGAUGAAGCACAAGCAGCUUUGGAGACAGCUGUAAACUACUUUCAAAAGCAAAAAAUGAGAUUGGACCCGUCCGAAUGGGUUUUGCUUGGAAGGCUGAUGGAGAGGCUUAAUCGAACCAAGGGACAGACAAGCAGAGGACCUGUGGACUGUGAUGGCUCAGCAUAG